AUGGCUACAAACUCAGACAUUAUCUUUCUUACCGGAGGAUCUGGAUUCCUUGGAUCCCACAUUCUCAUUCAGCUGUUGGAACGAGGUUAUCAUGUUCGAGCUGCAGUUCGAGAAAAGAAAGCCGCCCACUUCAAACAGGGCUAUGAGCGCUUCAAAGAUCAACUUGAGGUCGUGGCCAUAGCUGAUAUUGCUACAGACCAGUUCUCCGAUGCACUGAAAGGUGUCAAAGCUGUCAUUCAUACUGCUGCACCGAUAUCUGGACGAGUGAAUGAUGCCAAGUCUCUCUUGAAGGGUGCAGUGGAAGGGCUGCUCAAUGUGAUCCUUCAUGCAGAAAAAGCCGGGAUCACACGCAUCGUUGUGACUAACUGGCAUCAAACAACUAAGGAAGCUGCCCUCCAAACUGAAGGUGUAGCAGCGUAUUCAGCUGCGAAAACGCUCGCCGAGAGGGAAGUCUGGGAUUUCGCUGAGGCACAUCCACACAUAGAGAUAACAACCAUAAACCCACCCCUCCUUUACGGGCCAUUAGCCGAAGGGUUCUCCCUUCCGAACCCAGAUUAUUCUGCUUUAUCCACCAAUCUCCUCAUCUACAAGUUCCUAACCCCUGAAGGAACGUUCCCUGCUUACCCUCUCUAUCUCGACGUCCGCGAUGCUGCAAAAGCCCACUUAUUAGCAUUGGACUCGGCACCUACUUCACAGGUUGGCCGUAAGCGUAUCAUGAUCAGCAGCCCACACGAGGUGGUCUUUGCUAACAUCAUCAGUACAAUCAACGCGAAACGACCAGAAUUGAAGGAUAGACUCAUUAAAACGCCUCCACGGGAGUUUCCAUACACACGACUCGACGUUGACUUGAAGAGGCUCGAGGAGGUCUUGAAAAUGAAGGUCGAAGACUUUACGCCAUUGGACGAUACAUUCCUCGACACUAUUGAUAGUUUAUUGACAUUAGAGAAGCAGUGGACCGCCGCAGGAUUUGACGUAAAGAUUCCUUUGUAA